AUGUUGGACUACAGGGCCAGAUAUAUUUCUGUAAGACCAGACAGUCCUGAGGUGACCACAGAGUCUGACAACACUGAGAUAGAUUACAGUGAUCUGGAGGAUUUCUUGAAAACCACUGCAGACACAAAUGAGAAAGAGAAGGCUCGUGUGCAUCCAAUGGAUGUUCAGAUGGCAGUAUUUCACUGCUCAGACAGCUUCCUGAAACAGAUGAUGAUUACAAAGCUCUCUCAGUGUCAGUAUGCCUUACCUUUGCUUGUUCCUGACCCAGUUACAAAGGAGAUCGAGUGUCCUCUGUGGACUUUCAGAGAAAUAACAAAAACCUGGAAGGUAACUCAAAUCAAAGAUGACCCUAAGAUCGUCACCACGAAGAGUGUUCCAGUCUACAAAGCUGAAACACCCUUGGUGUCAUUUUUCCGCCUGGGUUCUUUGUCAGUGUCUAAAUCUCAGCUGAUGAACACUUUGAUCAACAACCGUCACGACACCUUCUUCCACAGAAACUCCUCAGGAAGCACCAAGUCUCGCUAUUUGAUGGAUGGUGUGGCAGAGAUUACCUGGUACUGCCCUGCUGGAAAACCCAAUGAUGCCUUCAAUGACUGCAUUGCCUUUUAUGAUCUUUCUUCAGUUCUUCAAAGUUAUGAUAAAAAGUGGUCUGAGGUCUUGGCUUUGAAGAACAAAUGGGACAAAGCAGAUCUGUUAUUAAAAACACAAACUGAACUUAAAGACAUAUCGAAGAAACUUCAGUCUGUAACUUUUGGUUUGGAGCACAUCUUCAGAGAAAUGGGACAGAUCUAUGAAGCCCAUAAAACAACACAAAGAGAGAGCAGACACACUGACUGGUCUAAAUACCCUGAGCUGGCUGCACAGCUGAUGAUUUCAGGACACCCGAUGGAGCUGAUGGAUGGUGAUGCAGGUCAUGUGCCUUUAACAUGGAUCUCCAGUCUUUUAGAAGAAGUCAUCAAGAAACUGGGGGACCAGAGAGUGUUUGUGUUGUCAGUUUUGGGCCUACAAAGCAGUGGAAAAUCAACAAUGCUGAACACCAUGUUUGGGCUGCAGUUUGCAGUGAGUGCUGGCAGGUGCACCAAAGGUGCCUUCAUGCAGCUGCUCAAAGUAUCAGAGGAGAUGAAGAAAGACUUGAAGUUUGACUAUGUUCUAGUGGUGGACACUGAAGGACUGCGUGCUCUUGAGUUAGAAGGUAACAAUCUUCAUCAUGACAAUGAACUGGCAACACUUGUUGUUGGUCUGGGAAACCUGACAUUGAUCACCAUCUUUGGAGAGAAUCUGUCUGAGAUGCAAGACAUUCUGCAGAUUGUUGUUCAGGCUUUCAUGAAGAUGAAGGAAGUGAAACUUUCUCCCAGUUGUGUGUUUGUUCACCAGAAUGUCACAGAUGUUGCAGCAUCAGAGAAAAACAUGGAAGGAAAGAGACGCCUGCAGGAAAAACUGGACCAGAUGGCCAAACUAGCAGCCAAAGAGGAAGUUUUUAAUGCAGAGCGCUUCAGUGAUGUCAUUGAUUUUGAUGUUCAGAAAGAUGUGAAAUACUGUGCCCAGCUGUGGGAGGGCAGUCCACCCAUGGCUCCUCCAAAUCCAGGUUACAGUGAGAGCAUCCAGGAAGUGAAGAACACCAUCCUCUCUAAAGCUUCAAAGUCUGCUGGGAUCACUCUCUCACAGUUCAAAUCAAACAUCCAGGACCUGUGGACUGCACUGCUGACUGAAAGUUUUGUUUUCAGUUUUAAAAACACACUUGAAAUUGCAGUGUACAGAAAACUGGAAGUCCAGUAUGGGAUCUGGACCUGGAGCCUGAGGAGCAACAUGUUGACCAUUGAAAAUCAACUUCAUAACAGAAUUGAAAAUGGAAAAGUUGAUGAGGUUGAACAAUCUUAUCUUUUCAGAGAAACAAGCAAAAAAUAUGAAGAAGUCAGAAAAGAAAUGACAAAGUACUUUGAGAAUGACAAAGACAGAGAGAUCUUGGCUCAGUGGAGAGGACGAUUUGAAAUCAAAAUUAAAGAAUUUCAUGAUGAACAAGUGAACAGAGUCAAAAGAAAACUGGAUAGAGUCAUCCAGCAGAAGAAAGCUUGUAAAAAGCUGGAUGAGAAUAAAUCAGAGUUUGAGAACAAACUUCUGCAGAAGAGCAAAGAGCUCGCUCAGAAACUGAAGGAUAAGGCCAAAGAUGAAAAAGAGCUUCAAAGACAGUUCAACUCUGUUUGGAGCGGCUGGGUUACUGAAUUAACAGCAGAUAUAAAACCUGUUGAAGACAUCAACUUGGAACAAGAUCAGUUAACGAUCCUUCAACAACUUGGUUUUGAGCCAGCUCUCAUAGAUGAAAGUAAAAGAAGUGGCAGAUACAAGAAAAUAUCAGAGGUUGGUGAUUAUUCAGGUUAUAUGAAGACAGGUGGUAAUCUGUUGGUUGACAGUUACAACAAAUAUAAAGCAAGAGGUGCUUUUUCCCAUGAAGAACAAGAACAGAUCAGAUCGCUCAUUGACCAAACUGAAAAAGAGUCACGUGGUGGAAUCAAAAACAAACAUGUAGCUGCAAGAGGCUACACGCAAACAUAUUUGCAUGAAAUGGCCAAUCAUGUGACAGAAAAAGUGCAGAAAUUUCUGUCAGAGAGGAAAUACACUUUAAACAAGGAGUUUAAAGUUGAUCUCUUGCUCUAUGUGUUCUACAGGGCAGAAAGUUGGAUUCAAGAGUCACACAAAAAAUUUAAGCUGAACAAUGAUCCAAUCACUUAUUUAGAAAGCAAGAAAACACAGUUUUACACAGUUUUUAGAAGCUUUUGUAAAGAAAAUUCAUCUGCUGUUGUGCUUGGAGAACUGAUCUGUGAAAGGCUGAAAGUUUCCACUCUUGAGGCUGUCUGUAACAAGACUGCCAUUGAUCUCGCUGGAAAGAUGAGGUGUAAUUUCCCAGCAUUCAAUGGGACCAGGCAGGACUUGGAGAAACAUGUGUUGAAGUCACUUGCUAAAAAAGAAGAAAACUUUGAUGAUUUCAUCACAUAUAUCAUAAAUCCAAGGAGACAAACGGAAGCUUUCAUUAAAGCAGAAGUUGAGAAGUACAUCUUCAGAGAUCAGAAAGAUGAAGCUGUGGAAAUACUCAAGAAAAAUGCUGAUGACAUCAAAACAACUGUAAGUCAGGCUUUAUUUAGUGCAACACGAAAGGUCCAAAAUCAGAGAGGAGACACAGACAUGUGGCUGAAGGAAUUUUCUAAUGCCCUAAAGGAUGAGCUGACAUUUGACAAGAUUUGUUCUGAAAACUUCAGUGACAUAAAAGAUUUUCACUUUCUCAAGGAAGAGAUAGAGAAAGGAUUUACGUCCAUCACUGAGCAGAUGAGCAGCCUCUCCCUGGAUAAGCUGAAUGAAUCCAGGCAGAAGUCUGAAGAAAUCCUCAUAGAUCAGCUGUGUAACUGCUGCUGGGUAAAGUGUCCAUUCUGUGCAGCUGUUUGUACCAACACCAUGAAAGAUCACAGUCCUGAUGGCCACAGCACUCCUUUUCAUUGACCUGAUGGGAUAAAGGGAUGGCACCGUAGAGACACAGUAGAGUUCAGUGUCAACUUCUGCACAACAAAUGUUUCAAGUGAUCGCAGUUUUUGCCUUAAGGGUGAUUCAGAGAAAUACAUUCCCUACAAACAGUACAAAACUGCUCGUCCACCGUAUGAUACCUGGAGAAUCACUCCUGAUGGGUCUAAACUGGCAUAUUGGAAAUGGUUUGUAUGUCAAUUUCAAACACAACUGGAAGAGCACUAUGGGUUAAAGUUUGAGGGCAGAGGAGCGAUUCCAGAUCAAUGGAAAAAAAUAACUAAAAAUGAAGCCAUUAAAAGUCUGGAUGAAAUGUUUUAAUGAGCCAAAGAAACUGCAAAUCUGCUGAAAAUGAUGAUACUUGUUUUCAACUAAUAACUCGUGAAUCCAGCUGUGACGGUCUGAUUUUGUUUGAGUGAGAAAAGGAAAUUCUAUUAAUUAUUAACAUGAAAA